AUGGAAGCGCGAAAAAUUGCAUAUAAAUUGAGUAAUAGUUAUUUGGGUCAGUUUGCAUGUAUCGAAUGUAAAUUGUUAGCUGCAAGAGAUUUAGCAAAAUUCAACGUUGUUUUACCUCAGAUUGAUGAAACUAGAUUGUUGGGAGAAGGUAGUUAUUUUCAUGUAUACGAAGCACAGUGGGCGAAUGAAAGAAAAUUAGUUGUAAAAAAGUUAAAAGAUCUAUUAAAUGAUUAUCCUUAUAUUCAAUAUUUGGAAGCUAUAUUAUUAUAUUAUUAUCGAAAAAUAACUCGCUUAGAGUUGCUCCAUACAGAGCAAAAUAUAAAAGAUAUUAAAAUGGAUAAAGUGUUGCAAAUUAGUUUAGACAUAGCUCAUGCUGUUGAUGAAUUGCAUAAAAAUGAGCUGGUACAUCGUGAUAUCAAAGCUAAAAAUAUAUUACUUGAUGAAAAAGAUAGUUGUUAUCUAUGUGAUUUUGGUACUUGUAAAGAAGGAACCUUGAAUAAUACCAUCUUAGGACCAAUGCCUCUAGCACCUGAACCUUUGGUUGGCGCACGAGUUAAUCCUUCAUUGGUUUCCGAUGGUAAAGCUGUCGAUAUAUUUGCUUUUGGACUACUAAUGUAUGAAUUAUCACCAAAAGCUAAGCAUUACCCUCCUCAUAUCAGAAAUACUAAUGAAAUAAAAGAAUUUUUGAAAAACGUUUAUCCAUUAGAAAGAAACAAAGUAUAUGAGGAAAUGUGUUUACAAACUGAGGCAAACGCUAGUCCAAAUGCGCAUAAGGUUGUAAAACAAUUAGAAGAAAUUCAAAUGAGUUUAAGAGAAGUUAAAAAAGAAUGCCAAAUCUAUGGUUACAACGAUGACGUUCGACAAACGCAGAGAUGUCAUAAUACAGCUACAGAAAGAGGGGAAGGGGAGAUCCUGAGAGCAUGUGGACAUUGGAUUUUAAAGCGCUGGAAAGAUCUCUCAGAUAUGUUUUUGUAG